AUGGCUGUAACUACAUCGCCUACGUAUUGUGGAUCGCCAAUUCACGAUGGAUUUGCUACAAUCCGAGCACCAAGGAGCCGGAUUAAGAUAAGAAACCUAGUUGAACCAAAUCACAUGGCCAAUCUACCUCAAAGGCAUUCGGAGUAUUUUACACUACAAAGAACUUCUAAAAAUAAUUUCCUAGAGAGCAGUUGUGGAGUACAGUACGUAACAAAUGAAUCACAAAGUGCUCAUGUAAAUAAACCGUCCCGACUUAGCUUUACAGAACCCAUUUAUGCCAAAGUUAGUCCGCCGCAAUCUAUAUGUGCCUCGCCCGUUAAAUCUAUAAGCGGUAGGCAAGAAGUUCAUUACAGAUCUAUCAACACAAAGCCUCGAAGGCGACUGCACAGUCUAGAUAUACCCAGAGAAAUUGAUACUGAUGAAAAUUUAGAAGUAACAUUGGUGAAUAACGGCGAUCGCCCAUAUGACACCAACAUUGCAAGUCAGGACGUUGAACAACAUUCCGUACGCACAGACACUACAGGGUCCUCUAUCGACUAUAGAAAGAGAAAUAGCGAUCGAGAUAACUGUUCAGAAUCCUCCUCGUACUUUACCGAUAACGACCGGCCCAUAUCAAGCUAUAGUGACAAUUCUACAAUACCCUCGACAGAUACGGAAGAUGUUUUAAAAGAUUUACCAAAUAAAUCGAGAUUUCAUAAAUCUCCUCAAAAAUACGCUACAUUAAACAUGCGAAGACCAAAGUUUAUAGAUCUUAAACCUACUGCGACGGAAAACCCGUUCUAUGGAAGUCUACAUAGGAAUAAAAUUGGCUACAAUUCGGAACCAAAUACGCCAAUAUGUGCGGAUGUAUCCGAGUUAAACGACAGUUCUAGUAUCAUAAGCGAUGUGCAGAAAAUACCAAAAAUGCCGCUCCAGAACAGAAAUGGCGUAAGGCGAUCUAUAAGUGAAACGAACGGGUUCACAAAGCGCCUUAGUUACAGACAUUCUUUCAGUACUGAUUUUAAACCUCCACAUGUAAACAUAAAAAAACCUCACAAGUGUUGUGAAUGUAUUACUGGAAUACCUGUUGAUGAAGAACUGGAACCUAUAUUGUCAAGACCAUUAGGAACAUUAUAUGAAGCCCAGGAUCCUAAGGUUGGGUGUCAAACUAUACUACGGUCGAAGCCUCCCGUUCCUUGGUGGGAACUCGCUAUAAAGAAAUCACGAUACAAAAGCUGUCCUAUAUUGGAAGACGCGCACGUGGUGUCCGCUUUCGAACAGAGCCUCUCCAACAUGACCCAGCGGUUACAGCAGCUGACGGCCACCGCCGAGAGAAAGGACUCGGAGCUAACGGACCUUCGGCAAACCAUCGAGUUACUUCGAAAGCAGUCCAUACAAGCUGGUUUGACAACGGCUCACAUGCAGUCUAUGGGUAUCCGGGCUGAUGGUGUCAAUGUUACUGGACAGGAACUACCACAGCCUUCGAACCAGCAGUCAUCUCCGCAAAGGUUAGCACAAACUGGUAACGGUGCGAUCACAAGACAUCUCUCCACCGAUAGCGUCUCCAGUAUUAACAGCUUAAGUAGUGGAUCCUCUGUACCUCAUGAUAAGAAGCAUAAAAAGAAAGGCUGGUUACGGUCAUCGUUUACGAAAGCGUUCUCACGAAAUGCAAAGAUUUCAAAAACGGCGAAGCAUGCGUCCCUCGGGCAAUUGUCAUCACAAGACAGUUCGUCUGGGUCACAUCACUAUGACGACCCGCACACAAUUAGAGAAGGAAGUAAUGAGAACAGCUUAGAGCAUUCCCACGAAAUACUCGACAAUUCGAAAGACAAGACAACAUGCCCCGCGGCCAAACCUGAUGAACAAACCAAAGAAAAGCAAGACCAAGCUUUAGUAGACGAAUUAAAAAGACAAUUACGAGAAAAAGACUUAGUUCUUACAGAUAUACGAUUAGAAGCGCUUACUUCAGCUCAUCAAUUAGAAAGUCUCAAAGACACGGUUAUUAAAAUGAGGAACGAAAUGUUGAACUUGAAACAAAACAAUGAGCGGCUUCAAAGGCUAGUGACGUCAAGAUCAUUGGCAGGCAGUCAGAGUUCUUUAGGAACAGGUGGUUCCGCUGUGGAAGACCCACGAAGGUUCAGUCUUGCUGAUCAAGCCACAAUGCAUCAGGCAACAAUCGACAUGCACUCGCAACCUUUAGAUUUGGAUUUCAACUGUGUAACGUCGACUCCUUCGCGAGAUAAAAAAGGAUCACCGAAAUCAAACAUGGAACCAAUUUAUGGAAAUAAUGUAACGUGUGAACUUAAUGAAAACAACGAGGCAAUUCUCGGCGCUCUCAAUGGCUCUAGUGAUAUAUUCACUAAUGGGCUUAACGCCGGUGACAGAAUGAGUGGAGAUUACGAUAUCAACAGUGUCCUUCCCCCGCCUAAAACACGAGAACUUGCCAUCGGGGAAAGCUAUUCGGAUAUCGGCGUUGCAGACAGCCAAGGAGAUACGACUGACGGGAAGAAAAUAGCAAUAGCGGUAUAUUUAGGCCAACCGGAAACAUUCCAGAGAUAUUUCGAAGAAGUCCAAGAUACGCUCACUGAAUCAGAGUGCAGAUUCUACGCGAAACAAUCCACCAGCGCGUACAGUAAUCAUUACGAGAAACAGUCAAGUUUUGACUCACCGCGGAUGUCACAAAAUCAUAGUCCCGAAAUAGAAACACAAGACUACCCCCAAACUAUAAAUAAGUCAAACACUAAUAGCCUUAAGAGUAACAAAUCGACACAUAGUAAUUCCUAUAAGCACGUAUAUAAUAGUGAUUCGACAAUAAAUUGUAAUGAAUUUACAAUAGCCUUCACGUAUAUUUCGGGAAAGACUACUUGGCAGAACUUAGAUUAUAUAGUGAGAAAAACGUUCAAGGAUUAUCUAUCGAGGAUUGACCCGGGUACGAAUCUUGGUCUCAAUACGGACUCAAUAACAUCGUAUCACUUGGGAGAAGCGACGCGAGGCCCUGAAAUUGGUUUUCCUGAAUUACUCCCAUGUGGUUACAUCAUUGGAACUGUGAAUACAUUGUACAUAUGCCUCCAAGGUGUUGGAAGUUUAGCCUUUGAUAGCCUUAUACCAAAAAAUAUUGUAUAUAGAUACGUUUCUCUAUUGUCGGAACACCGGCGCGUGAUUCUGUGCGGGCCAAGCGGCACUGGAAAAUCAUAUUUAGCAGCAAAAUUGGCAGAAUUUUACGUGCAACGCACGCAGCGGCGAGGAAAUCCGGCUGAAGCGGUAGCGACUUUCAACGUGGAUCGUAAGUCCUGCAACGAGUUGCGAGCGUACUUGGCGAAUAUAGCAGAGCAAUGUGGCGCGGCAGUUGGCGCUGACGAAGCAGCAUUGCCAUCUGUAGUUGUAUUAGACAAUUUACAACACGCCUCUGCACUUGGUGACGCUUUCGCGGGAUUACUGCCACCUGACAAUCGGAACAUGCCUGUUAUUAUUGGCACUAUGUCGCAAGCCACUUGCAAUACUACGAACCUGCAGCUCCAUCACAACUUCCGGUGGCUUCUAACGGCUAACCACAUGGAGCCAGUCAAAGGAUUCCUAGCUAGGUACCUACGUCGAAAGCUGUUUUCUCUGGAAUUACGGCUAGGUAGGCGAGAGCCAGCGCUAGCUGCCGUUUUAGAAUGGCUGCCCGGUGUCUGGUCGACCCUUAAUGCGUUUUUAGAAGCCCACUCAUCCAGUGACGUCACAGUAGGGCCAAGGCUAUUCCUAGCUUGCCCUAUGGACUUGGAAGCUAGUCAGGCAUGGUUCGCGGAUGUAUGGAACUACAGUAUAGUUCCAUACGCGUCAGAGGCGGUGCGUGAAGGCGUAGCGCUUUACGGUAGAAGACGACACGCGGCGAUUGACCCUCUGCAACACGUUAAGUCUUCCUACCCAUGGAGAGAACCUAAUCAUUCUCAUACUCUACGGCCGAUAACAGUUGAAGACAUGAACAUCGAAGAGGGCAGCCAAGAAGCCGUGAACCCUAACCAAGAUCCUUUGUUAAACAUGUUGAUGCGACUUCAAGAGGCAGCUAACUACAGCGGAAACCAAAGUCAAGACUCAGACAAUGCGAGUAUGGACUCGAAUCUCACACACGACAGCUCUAUGGGCAACGAGCUUUAA